CAGAUUUGUGUUUCUCUAAUUCUUUAUUGCUAUGGCUACGUACUUCGACUCUUCUCUACCUAUAAAAUCCUCUUUACAUACACACUUGUGAUCAGAUUCUCAAAGAUCUAAGCCUCUUCAUUUUCAAAACAUGGGCAGAUCCAUAUUUCUUUCUCUAGCACUAGCCUCACUCUUGGUCGGAGUCGUCUCAGCUCGUGACUGGAACAUCUUGAACCAGCUCAAAGGACUGUCGUCAUCAUCAAGCCAAAACGGUAUUGUUUCUUCAGGGGUCUCGACGAACCUGAAACGGUACUGCGAAAGCUGGAGGAUCAACGUGGAAGUCCACAACGUGAGAAACUUCGAUGUGGUGCCUCAGGAGUGCGUGUCGCACGUCAAGAAGUACAUGACGUCGUCGAAGUACGAGGACGACGUGGAGAGAGCAGUUGAUGAGGUCAUACUUCAUUUCGGGAGCAUGUGUUGUACCAAAACAAAGUGUGAUGGCAUGGAUGCUUGGAUCUUUGAUAUCGAUGACACGCUUCUCUCUACCAUUCCGUACCACGAGAAGAAUGGCUUCUUUGGAGGAGAGAAGUUGAACUCUACAAAAUUUGAAGAUUGGAUGAGGAAGAGGAAGGCACCACCAGUGCCACACAUGGUGAAACUGUACCAUGACAUCAGAGAAAGAGGCAUCAAGAUCUUCUUGGUCUCUUCCCGGAAAGAAUAUCUCAGAUCUGCCACCGUUGACAACCUCAUCCAAGCCGGUUAUUAUGGCUGGUCCAACCUCAUCCUCAGGGGAAUAGAAGAUGAGAACAAGGAAGUUAAACAGUACAUGUCAGAGAAGAGAACAUGGCUGAUGGGUCUUGGUUACAGAGUAUGGGGAGUGAUGGGAAGCCAAUGGAGCAGCUUCGCAGGUUGUCCUCUUCCCAAGAGAACCUUCAAGCUCCCAAACUCCAUCUACUAUGUUGCCUGAUCAUUACAGUGCAAAACUUUGAUCCAAGCUUCUUGAAACAAGAAGAAGAAUCGAUAAAUAUGAGAGAACGGUUUUGAUUGUGAUUUUUAUUUUUGUUUUUCCUUUUCGGGUCAUCUUAUAUCAAGAGACUUAUGAAUAAAAAAGGUGUUUAUU